AUGGAAGGUAUAGGCCAAAUAUUUGGUUCUGUUGUAAGCAACGAUGAUAGUCUAUUGACUGUAUUUCUCGAAAGUAUCGAUGAGCAUCAAACAUUCUGGACAGAUUCACGUAAUGAUUUGGGGCUAAUUUUCAAUAAAAUUGGAGCGCUGAUGGAUGUAUCGAAAACACGGGACCGUGGCUUGCGAAUUUUCAUCCACCUCCUUACCAGCUGUCCGCUGGAGCAAGUUGAGGAUAAGGCUUUGCAUAUUGUCAGAAUUUGUGUGAAGCUACUUAAUCAGCGAGGUCCAGUAGAAAGUAUUCCAUUGGUAUACAAGGUUCUACAGCAGCUGAUUAAACGAUCGCUGAGCUCGAACGAUCUGCAUAAGUUAUUCGUCAGCUAUUUACCUAAAAUCCUAGAAUCAGUAGAACCUGCGCUAACACCACCCGCCAUUCCAGCGGCUUUGAGUUUCCUCGAACUUGCCAUGCUACAUUAUGCAAGUACAUGCGGCCUGCACAAAAAUCGUAUCGAAACGUUUCUUUUCUCGCUGGUAGAUGAUACUAACCGGAGCGUUGUGUCUGGUACGGCCAAGUGUCUAUUGCUGUUACAACAGAUACGCGGUGGUGGACAACAUGGAACUUUACACAAGAAAACAUGGGAGGAAUAUUAUUUGAAACUGGUAGAUACAAUUCACGAUUUGUUGAAUAAAAUAUUUGCGCAUACGCCAGAAUCUUUCGACGAAGAAGAAAAUUUGGAAUGCCUAAAGCUGCCGCCGGUCGAAUUGACGAAAAACGCUAUACGAAACGCUCAAAUGCUAGCAGUACGCGCCAGUAAUUUGAUUGCAUUUCUUCAACAGGCAAUUGUUGGAGCAUACCCCGUUCCAAAACCGAUUAUACCCUUCAAGGCUAUAAACCUUGUACUUCGUGGGCUCUCCGUAUCGUGCGAGGCUAUGGGAACAAAUCCAAUCGCCGAAAACAUAACUUUCGGUACGUCUUUGCCAUUGAUACACUAUGAAUUGCUGGAAGUAUUGGACGCCCUAGUGUUAGUUCUGGGUUCCAACUUGUUUAUAUUUGGGGAUUCUAUUUGUGAAAUGUUCCCAAAGUGUCUUAAAGCAACAUACAGAGCUAGCCACGGAUCCGAUGGCAAUAAGAAAUCAUUUACUCGAUUAAGAACAAAAAUUUACGGUAGUAUUCAACUGUGGUGUGAAAAGACGCGCUACGGUAGUAACAUCGAAACAGUUAAUGAACCAAUCUUUGAGCAUAUUGUGCGUGAUAUCACGCCGUUUGAGAGCGAGAUUACCCUAAAGAUGGGAACAACCACCCAAAAGCGCUUGUCCUCGAAAGCAAAGAGAAAGUUACAAAAAGAACAAAACAGUGCCACGGCGUUGAAUCAAACCCAUUCAAAUGGAAAUGGUAUAGCAGAAAACAAGGAACAGUUAAUUGACCGCGGGAACGAGUCUCUAUGCCGCGCCGCUCUUGAGUGUCUAGCUACCAUUUUACAAUCUGCUGGUUGUUUUAUUAAGCCCGUCACUCACAAACUUUUGCAAGAACAUAUUGUUCCAUUGAGUUUUGCUUUGUUGGCGAACCAUCAACAGACAACUGGUCUGUAUAGUGACAAUAAUGCUCGGGCUGCAUUACUGCGCGCCCUAGCAUCGCUUAUCGUCAAUCCGCAUCAUCAUUGUCCUCCACCACUACAAUAUGCGGGAUACAUUUUCAACACACUACAAACAACCGAUUCCAGCCUGACCGUGCGAGCCACAGCAGCUGAGCUGGCGCGCACGAUGGAACUUGUGCUGCAUCCUUGGAAGGAAACUUUAUACUUUGCUAUGGACCAAGCUGCUGUGAAGGAUGCUCUUGCAAACAAAAAGAAACAUAAUCUUUCGACGUUCCUCAAAAAACAACCAUGUCAGCCAAACAGCCAUGACCAUGUGAUUGCAAAUGGAACAUCUACCGAAAACAAGACAAAUGAAGUUGUUCAAACGGAACAGAACGUCUUAGAAGAGAAGUCGCCGCCUUCACCUAUGGCAAUCGAUGCAGAAACAUAUGAAAGCGAAGGAGAAAUUAACGAAUCACUAGCAGUAACGGAAGCUAGCGAUGAAUCAAAUCAUGUUACAGAAUUUGUGUUUGAAGAUGAACCAGUCGGCUGGGUGGAGUUUGAAAGCUGUUCGACGCAAGACAAGUCAACUAACAAUUUUGAAAAUCAUCAACAAAAGCUUCCUUCUGAUAACGAUACUACGGCACAUUAUAAUGACGGAGUUAUUCUAAAAACUAACGGAAGCGCUACACAAAUCGAUGAAGCUAAUGUUGUGUCGAUUCUGGAUAGUGAUGAGGAGCUAGACAAAAUAACUAGCAAUGUAGAUGAUGAUGUAGUGGAAAUUCCGACAGAAAUUAAAAAUUCUCUAAAUGAUUCAAAAAAUACGAAAGGGUAUCCAAAACAUUCUAGCCCAAUACGAGAGGACGAAGAUGUUCAAAUCGUUUCAUCAAAGAAAAUGAAACUAUCAAAUGGUGAUGGUACUGAUACGGUAAAGAAUAUUGACGACAUAGUAGAAGAAAUGGUCGCGGAGUUCGUUGACGAACCGUAAUAUAACCUUUAUUCAUCGUACAAUGAACGUAUGCAUUCUAUUAAU